AGGUACUAUAGGAAGGAGCAAUGAUAAUGGGGCAUAUAUAAGAUUUCUACCACUUGAAAAGUGGAGCAGUAGAAUCUUUACCAAUACAACAUUCUACCUCCUAAUAUUUCAGUACUUACCUGUUAUAUUUAACUUUACAUCCUUAAACCUCAACCCUCUAGUCUCAUACAAACUUUCGAUUCAGAGAUUCAGACAUAUGCAGCUAGCAUCCCGAUAACUUGAAUAAACAGAAUCAGUCAAUUAAUAAUUAAUAAUAGCAUCUUAAAAUGGACUAUCCCGAACAGCAGAUUCAACACAUCAUCCGUGGCUUGACGCAAUAUUCGCGUGACGACCAAUGGUCUAUCCUAGAAGACUAUUUCCUGCCUGAUGCCUACUUCGUACAUCCUUUCUGCCGCGUGCCAUCCUUCGGCGAUUACAAGAUCCCAUUUACGAACUUAACUACAAACUCUCGCCAAUUCGUCUUCUUCAUUUACCAAUGGUAUAGAAUCCUAAGCCCGGAUAUACAGCUUUCCAUCGAUUCGACCAGCUUCGACAAGAAUAAGAAUCUCUUGUACGUCACGCUACGCCAGACCUUUACGCUGUGGUUUGUGCCGUACUCGCUAUGGCAGGCCAACGUGAAGCUGGUCACAGUGCUGGAGCUGCAGCGGCUUAGCAUUGAUAAACACCAUAAACCGUUACUCGACGAGACGCCGAUUCCCGUCGAUGCUGAUCUAGCUCUGACCCCGGACCCGCCCACGCGGUACUUCAUUAAGGGCCAGCAGGACCACUAUCAAGUAGAGGAUUUCCUGAAAUUCAUUGCCCCCUGGGGAGCGUCGCUUCUCUGGAUCGCCUGGCAGCUUUAUGCAACACUUAUCUGUGCUAUAGGCGUCUUGCUCCUCCGGUUCCCCAUUGCCUUGUUUCGGCGGCGUGUCCUUGACCGGGAUAUUAGUGCCAUUAAGAAGCAGUAGGAUGCUUCACCCCCGGCAUUCGAAGUAGCCCCCGAGGUCUGGGAAGUGAGUGCUCGCUUCGCAAAGCGGUGGACUCGAAAUAUCGGGAAUAAAAUAACCGCUUGGGUGGUAUGUUCAU